AUGCAGACCCAGCCCCAGCCCCAGAGAAUCAGGCCUCUGGAACCUUGGAAGCAGCUGAGGCAGCAGCUACUUCUGGAACUCAACUCAUGGACUUGUGAGGAGGUAGAGCACAGCUGGUUCAGCCAGUGGGUGGCCGUUUCUGGGGUCCCAGAGCUGCUGUCCACCAGCCGCAGCAUCCACACAACCGAGGUUUGCUGCAAGAACCGAGCACCGGUCCGAGUGGGGAAGGGGGACAAGCCUGUAACCUACGAGCAAGCCCACCCCCCACACUUCAUCGCUCACCACAAGGGCUGGCUGCCCCUGCACACGAGUAACCUGAACGGAGAGGAGGGGGCUGCCGAAAGGACUGUGGAGGACGUCUUCCUCCGAAAGUUCCCGUUCGGCACCUUCCCGGGCUGCCUGGCCAACCAGGUGGUCGUCAAGCGUCGGGCCAACCAGCUGGUCAUCUGCCUGCUGCUACUACAGCACAUGCUGCUGUCCAAGAUGUACUUCCCUGUGGGCUAUAGCGAGGCGCUGCUCUCCACCUUCUACAAGUGCCCGGUGAACCUGUGCCUGCAAACUGUGGCCCACAAGCCAGUGUACAAGUACAUCUAG